CUCAGUAUAAUAUGGCACGAAUCUCGUCCUCUUCCAUCUGCUGUGCGACUUCUUCCUUCUCUUCUCUCACGUCACAGCCAUGCUGCCGGCCUUCACGGGAUCGAUGGCUUCUACGGCCGUAGAGGCGAAGCCGGGAGCCGCAUGCGAACUCUGCGGCGGCGGCGCCGCCGUCCACUGCGAGGCGGACGCGGCGUCCCUGUGUUGGGCAUGCGACGCCAGCGUCCACGGCGCCAACUUCCUCGUCGCUCGCCACCUCCGCCGGAUCGUUUGCGCCUGUUGCCAGUCCCUGGACGACGACCGGGUCAUCUCUGGCGCCUCGUCCCCCUCGGUCCGUUCGAUCUGCCGCUCCUGCGGCCCCGACGCACCCGAGCUGUCCUCCUCCGCGUCGUCGCCGCAGGAGUCCUGCGUCUCCACCGCCGACUCCAAGGCGGGGCAGGAGGAGGAGAUGGAAGGGGCCGCCACCUCGAGGGUCGAAGGCCGCGGGGGGCGGGGGAGGGCGCGAAGGCGAAGGUCGCGUCCGUAACCUGCAGCAGGUGCGGCUCGCUCGUUCGCGCCUGAAGGGCGUCGCGUCGAGGUGGCAGUGCACGUGCGGGGCGCGCCUGAGGACGUAACGUGAUCUGACCAUGUGCAGAUGGCAUCCCAUUGCACGUGUGGAGCGUGUCGCGUUGGUUUUAUUUCGGGCCUGUUUAAAAAAAUAUACGAUA